AUGCCAUCGCAAUGUGUCGAUGGAAUCCGGAAACCGCCAAAAUAUCUCAAUGAAAAUACGAAGAAAUCACGGAAGGCUAGCUUGUGUCACGGUGUUACUUCUCCGCAGCAAACCCAGUUUCAACAACAAGGUAUUCCCAAUACCACAAGAUAUAGCAACGGGAUCAUUGAAGAAGAAGCCAACGAUGAGCGACAUAUAAAAUACUACAGAAGCGACUCAUUUGAGGAAGUCUUCGAUGAAGUUAUUGAUUCAAACUCUUUCUACACCGAAAGAUCGAGUUUCAACUUCGGAAAUCAACCUUCUGAGGGAGCCAUUGUUAAAGGAAAUGAUAAUUUCGUAACUUUCUUCUCAGAUGCUGCAUUUGCGACGUGGUCGGAGAGAUCUUCCAGCGUAUCUGAAGAUAGUGAGCUAGGGACGUCAUACCAAGCUCCGGAGGACGGCUUGGGAGCAAGCUUGGCCGAGUCACGAAGACAUGCAAGAGAUGAACCAUAUUCCGGAUUUGCUAUCAGCAGUGGCUGGUCAAGCACAUUCUUUCCGCAUGAAGUUGAAGAAGAACCCAACGGUUGCUGA